UUUGUGUGCGCAUGCGAGGGCGCGGCGUCCGGGGCUGCGGGCUUGCCCGCCCCGGUGCGACCCGGCGCCAAUGGCGUUUCCGAGGUGACGCGCUGCUGGCACUGACUCUCUCUGGGGGCGGGGGCAUCGCCCAUGAACCCUUCGGCGACCUUCUUCGUCCGGCGCCAGAACAUCGGGUCAGAAGUUGAGAAUUCCACCAUUGAGAAACAGCGGAAGGAGCUGCAGCUGCUCAUUGGAGAACUGAAAGAUCGAGAUAAAGAGCUCAAUGACAUGGUUGCAGUGCACCAGAGACAACUUCUUUCAUGGGAGGAGGAUCGGCAGAAAGUGUUGACUUUGGAGGAACGUUGCAGCAAAUUAGAAGGUGAGCUGCAUAAAAGAACUGACAUAAUCAAGUCUCUCAUGAAGAAGGUCAAACUCCUUGAAUCCAAUCAAGCGGAAUGUCAGACAGCUCUUCAGAAGACUCAGCAACAGCUCCAGGAAAUGGCUCAAAAGGCUACACAUUCUGCCCUCCUCUCGGAAGACCUUGAGGCUAGAAAUGAAAAUCUCAGCAGCAUGCUAGUGGAACUUUCUGCUCAGGUAGGACAAUUGCAAGCUAGAGAGCAGGCUCUCACUACCAUGAUAAAGCUAAAGGACAAAGACAUUAUUGAGGCAGUCAAUCACAUUUCAGACUGUUCUGGUAAAUUUAAAUUGUUAGAGCAUGCUUUACGUGAUGCUAAGAUGGCAGAGACUUGUAUUGUGAAAGAAAAGCAAGAUUACAAGCAGAAAUUGAAGGCACUUAGGAUUGAAGUCAAUAAACUGAAAGAGGACCUAAAUGAGAAGACAACAGAAAACAAUGAACAACGAGAAGAGAUCAUUCGCCUCAAGCAAGAGAAAAGUUGCCUGCAUGACGAAUUAACAUUUACUGUCGAGAGAGAAAAAAGGAAAGAUGAGUUACUUGAUAUUGCAAAGUCAAAGCAAGAUCGUACAAAUUCAGAGCUGCACAACCUGAGACAGAUUUACGUAAAACAACAGAGUGACCUGCAGUUUCUUAAUUUCAAUGUAGAAAAUUCUCAGGAAUUAAUACAGAUAUAUGACUCAAAGAUGGAGAAAUCAAAGGCCCUGGAAUGCAGCAGAGACAUGUGUUUAUCAGACCUUGACAAUAACUAUCCAAAGAUCGAUAUUAAGAGAGAGAGAAAUCAGAAGUCAUUGGUUAAGGAUCAAAAGUUUGAGGUCGCGUUGGCUCAGCACAAUAGGUCAGACAAGAGCUCUUGUGAUGCAUGCAGAGAGAAGAAGCUACAGGUUAACACUGCAUUUGGGGAAAAAAGUGUAAUUGCUCUCUCGUCUCUAUUUACCAAAGACUUACUGGAGAAACAAAAAUCUUGGUCUCUGGGUGGAAAAAUCCAGACUGAACCCGAAAACAAAGUUACACUAUGCAAGAUUCAUGCAAACUCACCAAGAAGCAAUGGGAUGGAGCUUCAGGUCGAAGAGCAGCAGCUCUUGGAAACAUCCGUCUCGCUGCCUGAUGAGAAGCAGUGGCAUGACAUCAAUGUGUACCUGGGCCUUUCUAACUGCUCGGCCUCAAAGCACCUGGAAAAGCCUGAUGGGGACUGCCAUAACCUCGCAGAUACAGCCGAAAUCUCAUGCUGCAUCCAAAAUGAAGUCUGUGUGGGUGACAAGGACCUGAGUGAGUCCAAGUGCUGCCACCCUAGUAACAUCGUUGUCGAAGCCCCGGGACACAUGACUGACGUGGAGUGGAUGAGCAUUUUCAAGCCUUCCAAAGUGCAAAGAAUUGUUCGCCACAAAACUGUGUGCACUUGUUCAGGAGGUGUCAGCGGCAUGAAGUCUUCAGCAAGUGAGCCCAUUGCCAUCCAGCCUUCCCAGUGUUUGGGUUCCUCAAAGUCUGCAGAGAAAGAAGAUGAGCCAGAGCCCCCUCCAGACAAAAGAACCUCAUCCAAGAGUGUCUUCAUCAGCAAAGAUGCAGCAUCGCCCCACGAAAAGGUUUCUGUUUUACAUGAGAGCUCCCAAUGCAGUCAAGCAGAGUUUCUCUUCAGCAUGCUUUUAUUCUUCUUAUUGCUUAAUUUUAGGCAUUUUUAGGUUUUACAAUCACAGGUCUGUGUGAUUGAACCAUCUCACACACUGGACAGAUGGUUCAGCAGUUAGUAGUGCUUGCUGCUGUUGGCUAAGACCCAGGUUUGAUGGCUCACAACCAUCUAUAAAUCCAUUUUCAGGAAUCCUCUUCUGAACUUCAUGAAUAUGAGACACACAUGUGCACAUACAUACAGGCAAAAAACUCAUACACACAAAAUAAAAUGCAUCUAAAUAGUCUCAAGAAACCAAAAAAGAACUGCUGAGAUGGCCACCCCCCCUUUACAUUUAUGUAUUUGAUUGCAGGGUGGCUUUGGUUUGGGAUAAAGACAAUCACAGCCAGGCCUGAUGAAUUGAAUCAAACACCUGAAUCCACUGGGUAGAAGUAGAAAACUGACUUUGCAAAGUUUUCCUCCAACUUCAUGUCAUGGAACUUAUCAUCUACACACAAAAUAAAUAAAUGGUUUGUUUUUAAAUUAAAGGCCAUCUAGAUGACUCAGAGAGAGGGUAAAGGUGCUCACCACCAAGCCUGACAACCUGAGUUUGGUUCCUAGAACUUACAUGUUGAAAAGAAAACUGAUUUUUGGUUUUUUUUUUUUUUUGACUUGUCCUCUGAUUUUCACCCUGAAAAAAAAAAAGUAAAAUAGCAAGAUUAAACUAAAGCACAUCU